AUGCGAUGGAGAAUUUGAACUAUGUUCCUCUGAAUGGAAAACCCAUUCGUAUUAUGUUUUCUCAUCGAGACCCUCUCAUUCGUAAAACUGGAUUUGCAAAUCUGUUCAUUAAGAAUCUAGAAACAUCAAUAGAUAACAAGGCAUUGCAUGAAACUUUUUCUGUUUUUGGAAAUGUGCUUUCUUGUAAGGUUGCUAUGGAUAGCAAUGGUCAUUCUAAGGGACAUGGUUUUGUUCAAUUUGACAAUGAUCAGUCUGCAAAAAAUGCUAUUGAAAAGUUGGAUGGCAGGCUGAUGAAUGAUAAGAAAGUUUAUGUAGGGUAUUUUGUUCGGUGUCAAGAAAGGUCAUCACCUAAGUUCACUAAUGUGUAUGUGAAAAACCUUUCUGAAUCAUAUACUAAUGAGGACCUUAAGCAGCUUUUCAACACUUUUGGUGUAAUAACAAGUGUUAAGAUAAUGAAAGAUGAGAAUGGGAACUCUAAACGUUUUGGUUUUGUGAAUUUCCAAAGCUCAGAUUCAGCAGCUACUGCUGUUGAGAAGUUGAAUGGGAGCACAACUAAUGAUGGGAAGGUUUUAUUUGUCGGGAGGGCUCAGAAAAAAUCGGAAAGGGAGGCAGAGUUGAAAGCUUUCUUUGAGCAAGAAAAGCUAAAAAGAUAUGAGAAAUUUCAAGGAGCUAACUUAUAUUUGAAAAACAUUGAUAAGAGUCUUAAUGAAGAAAAACUGAAGGAGCUGUUUUCUGAGUUUGGAACAAUAACAUCUUGCAAGGUAAUGUCUGAUGCUCGUGGACGCAGCAAGGGCGUCGGUUUUGUUGCUUUUACCACACCUGAGGAAGCGAGCAAAGCUAUCGAUGAAAUGAAUGGGAAGAUUAUUGGACAGAAGCCAGUAUAUGUUUCUGUGGCCCAACGCAAAGAAGAAAGGAAAGCUCAAUUGCAGCAUUGA